GUGAUUGAUUCCUCAAUCCCUCACAGCUUGUUUGUACUUGUGAGCUCAUUGAGCUAGAAUCUGCUGACUUUGCUAACAUUCGUAUGUACUUUUCGUAUAUUAAUUAGUGAUCUAUCAUUGGCCGAAAAUCGAGUUGCGUUGUGCUGCGUGACUGACAUCCGAAGAUCAUGUGGAGAACAUGAGGAGACUCCUGAGCCAUCCUCAAACAAUAAUUGUCUCUAGGUUCGGAGAUAGUCUCCAACUGUCUGCCGUUAUAAAUUGAACAUACUCAUCUUGUCUUGUCACUUUCCCUCGAAUUCCCACCCUUCACACAAGGAGAGAGCUUCUUCUGUUUUAGUGAUAAAAGGACACGAACACAUUCACCAAGUGGAUUCGUUUCCUCAAGAGCAGAGAGGUCUUCUUGCUCGUCAGUCCAUUUAGGUGACUAGACAUCCACACACCUUGAUCAUGGGGGACCCUACCUUGCUCUCCACGACAUCCUCCGAUGCCUCGUCAACCAAAAGCACAAAAUCUUCAUCACCAUGGAUAACCACUCUCAAGCUCUUGGCAGUCCUUGCUUUGUUAUACAUUUUCAUAUGUUCCUUGGAUCUCCUCUCAGUCGCUUUCCAGCUUUUAGCUGGAAAAGGUGCAGGCGACUUCUUGGGCAGCGGAAGCGCCAUCAUCGAGAAUCCUAUCAUGGGCUUGAUGAUUGGGAUCAUGGGAACUGUUAUUCUCCAGAGCAGUUCCACUUUCACCUCGAUCGUUAUUUCCAUGGUGGGUGGAGAUGUACUUCAACCGGACCAAGCCGUUUUCAUCAUCAUGGGUGCAAAUAUUGGCACUUCGGUCACCAAUACCAUCGUGUCCUUGACUCAAGCCGCAGAUCGUGCUCAAUUUGAGAGAGCCUUCUCGGCUGCCACUGUUCACGAUAUGUUCAAUUGGUGCGCAGUCAUUGUUCUCCUUAUUUUGGAGGUUUCCUUUCACAUUUUGGACAAGUUGUCUAAGAUGUUGGCAGAUGCUCUGGCAGGCACGGAUGGCAAGAAAAUCAAGAUUCUUCAGUACAUCACCGAACCGCUCACACACUUGAUUGUUAGGAUAGAAGAAGAUGUCCUGGACCUUUGGGCUCAAGGCAAUUGUCAGAAUUGCACCCUCCUCAAAGUAUAUUGUCCCCCUCCCGAGGAAUACAACUACACGAUGUUGCCUUUGACACCCGAUCUUGGUUUUGAGGAAUGCCAACAUUUUUUCAAUCUAUUCGACCACGUACAGGAUUGGGUAGCUGGAUUAGUGCUGCUGAUCUUCUCUUUGGCCAUUUUAUGUGGUGCUCUUUUAUUGAUGGUGAAACUCCUCAACUCGGUUCUCAGUGGAGCCUUAUCCACCGUAAUAAACAAAGUGUUGAAUCCCAAGUUCAAGAGCAAAGGUGUGAACUACUUAUGGGGUUAUGUCAACAUCUUGGUUGGAGCUGUGAUGACAUUUAUCGUUCAGUCCAGCUCAGUUUUCACAUGCACCAUGACCCCAUUGGUGGGUUUGGGUUUGGUGGAGGUCGACACGUGUUAUCCACUCUUUUUGGGCGCGAAUAUCGGCACUACCACCACCAGCAUCCUCGCUGCCAUGGCCCAAUCUGGUUCUGGGGUCCACAACGCCCUUCAAGCUUCCUUCGUUCAUUUGUUCUUCAACUUAUUUGGCAUCGCCUUGUUUUAUCCCAUUCCGUUCAUGAGGUUCCCUUUGCCUUUGUGCAAAGCGCUGGGACGAACCACGGCCAAAUAUCGGUGGUUUGCCGUUUGGUACCUAAUCUUCAUGUUCCUUCUCAUGCCAUUGGUGGUGAUGGCCUUAUCCUUGGUGGCCAUCCUGUUCUACGUUGUUAUGGGAUUAGUGGUGUUAGGCCUGAUUUUCAUUGGCAUUGUCAACUACAUGCAGAACAGUCACUCAAAGAAACUUCCACGCCUAUUAAGGGACUGGGAGUUCUUACCAGAGGCUCUUCACUCGCUCGAACCUUAUGACAGGGUAAUCUCAAAAUGGAGCUGUGUGGCCAAACUAAACGACAAAAACAUCAGUGAAAGCCACAUGAACCUCGCCACAGAUCUGAAAGAGUCAAAGAACACUAUUCCUGAGAAAAGUGGAUUGGACAACGAGGCCAUGAUGGGCUUUUAGAGUUCAGCCAAUGAUCAAGUUCAAAAUAAAUCAAUAAUUGUUUCCUUUUUAAACAA